AUGGCACGCUUGGUCGACGUCAUCAUCAACGAGGCACUGCACGUGCAUUCGACCUCUGGGAUCGACCUUCUGCACGUAGCACCUAAGGGCAACAAAGAGGUGUGGAGUGAGGAUGUGGAGAUAUUCAGGCUGGAAAGGUGGGGAGGGUGUAUUCUCGUUGUGCAUGAUGACUUGAGGCUCAAAUUAUGUUUACAGAGGACAUAUGUCGGCCGUAACCUGGCAAGCCUGGAGCUGCUUGUCAUUGUCUCGUCCAUCCUGCGCCAAUACCACUUCAUGCUGGAGGAGCCUGAAAAGAAGACAUGGCAAGGUUUCCUCUGCAAGCCAGUGCAAUGUAAACUCAGCAUGAAGCGGAGGACGGUGUGA